AUGGAUCCCGCAAAUGCCAUGACGCGCCUCGACGACUUCGUCGACCUCGCCGUUGCCAAGGCCCAACAGACCCCGGCCGGCUCGGGCGAGAGCAUCGAGGAACGCUGCUUCUCGGCCGCCCUCAUCUGCCUCGAAGGCCACUAUACGCAGGCGCCUCCCAUGGGCCCUCUGACCACAGCCAAGGUCAACUCACUCAUUGCAAAGACCUUAGAGAAGACGCACACGUGCAGGAAAUCUCGCGAAGCCCUGUCGCGCAACGUCGCCAUAUGGAUAUGGCUCACCAGGAUAUUUGCCGCCGCCAUCCCCAGCCUGACGACGCGCUCCGUCGGUCCCCUCUCCAGCCUCAACGACCCGGACAAGGGCGUAAGCCCUCAGGAGAGCACUAGGUUCAUCGUCAUGAAUCACGCAUCCAUCAAGGACGACCUCACCACCCUCAUCAAGCUCAUGCACAUCGCCCGAAACCUUCUCGUCAACGCCGAACCCGAAGUGCCUCAGGACAUCUGCGCCGCCGUCCACUUUGACCAAAUGGUCUACCAGACAAUAAUCCUUUGCGUCAACGUCACCAGCAAGGGCUACGAUGGCGAGAUUCUCGACGAGGCCCAGCGCCUAAAACUCACCGAGAUUACCGAACACUACAAGAAGCUUCUGGUGACUUCGCUACAACAGGCGCAUAAUUGGACCGCUAAGCAUGACCGAAACAAAAUGUCGUUUUGGUUCGACGUCCUCUUCGACGACGACGGCGCUUAUUCCGGGUCCGAUGACGGGCUGGGCGACGGCUCCGGCUUCCGUCCCGACGUGGCCAAGCAGCAGGUGCAGCACUGGCUCGACCGCAACUCGAGGAUGUGUGACACGGCCAGGGACCUGCUGAGGGACUACGCGCAGAACCAUGCCGACAAGCCGCCGGGAAACCUCGCCCCCAUAAGGCCCCUGGCCUGGAACUGGCUGCCGGACGGCAUGGGCCCCAGCGAGAUCGAGGCCGAGGCCGACAAGGACGACAAGUUCAGCCCCGUCUGGAACCCCGACGAACCGGACAAGUUUGAGCAGGACCGCCUGUACGGCCGCGUAUCGCGUGAGAUCGACACCUGGUGGCUCAAGGCCCGCGACCCCAACUACGACCAGUAUAUUGUGCCCAUCCCCACCACCGAGAUAGCUCAGGCCCGUCUGGACCACUGCAAGCAGAACCUCGUCCACCGUUACGCCCACUCGUAUCGCGGAGACCACGGCUCCGUCAUCGAGGCCCUCCACAUGAUCGUCAAGUCGUGCAUCCUUGAUAACGCAGGGUCCGGGCUAACGCGAGCAGGCGAGAACCUGCAGAAGACGCGGUGCCGCAUGUUUCUCGCCCUGGACUGCGGCAAGAGCCUGCUGCGAGAGCUCCUCGUCUUCAUCGCCGUGUGGGAAAAGGACGAGCAGUCGCUCAUCUUCCAGGUGACGACGCAGAUCAUCGAAGCGCUCCACCACAGCGCUCUGAUCCCCUACGCAUGGAACGUGAUGCGCAUACCCAAGGACAUCAUCUCUCCCGGGCAGACGGUGCUCCUGCGGCUGGUGAGCCACAUGUUCCGGGCGCGCGUCAACAGUCCCGCGGCGCAGGCGCCCAAGGAUCCCGAGUCCAAGGACAUCAAGUUGGUGCACUUCCUCUUCAGCUUCUUCCGCACGCGCAUCGUGCCCGAGUGCGCGGCCCUGAUGCACCUCCAGACGCAGAUCCGGCAGGGCCAAGUAGACGCCGCCGAGUUCCCCGUCGACAGCUGGGACAUGGACCGGGCCAAGGACGGGCUGGCGCAGUACCUCGACUUCCUGACGACGGUGGCCGAAAUGUACGACACGCGCGAGGAGCUCAUCAAGUGGGAGGCCACCUACGACCUCCUCGUCAUACUCAACGGGCUGGAGGCGGCCAUUCCCAAGAAGCCCCUGGUGGACCUGGGCAGGAAGCAAUCGUCACAAUCAUCGGCCGCCGCCGCACCAGCAGCACCCGAUGACGCCGGGCUCGAGAAUCCCAUGGUUGAACGACCCUACUCGACCGCCGACAGCCGGUACUCCACUGCAUCGUCAUCUUCGCCGCCGCCGCCACCCCUGCAGGAACCAGCCCACAAGUUCCCCUGGGCGGGAAUCAAGGGCCAGAUCUUCACCAUCCUGGCCACCCUCCUGCAGCCCCCGCCCGGCCAGACCAGCCCGGGCAACCCCAAGACCCAGAUGCAGAUAGUCCAGUGGAACGGCAUAGUGCCCCUCCUCAACUCGUGCGCCUACGACGGACACAACCCCUUUGCCAAGGAACGCGUGACCAUCUGCCUCAAGUGGCUCCUCGACGGAUGCGAGACGGCAAAUUCAUUCUUCCGGGAGCUGGUCAACAUGGGCCCGCAGCCCGACCUCAAGCCGCCCCCGGGAGGUUCGUCCACGGUCUCCACGCUCAAGGUUGACGGUAUCCUGGGCGAUGUCAAGGUGCAGGUGCGGUCCAGCACUGCCGCGCCGGUGGUCGAGCCGCAGGCUGCGAGGGAAGCCGACGAGCUCGUCAAGAGGACGGCUGAGCUCGGGCUUCUGGGGCCGAGCAAUAAGGAGGGGAACGAGAACAUUGAGGAGGACUUCAUGUCCUGA